AUGGAGCGGAAGAGGACGGUGAAGCUGAACUGGAAUAGUAUCGGACGAUUGGACGACGACGAUCAAUUCUUCGAGCCCCCGAUCGAUUUAGUGGGUUUCGAUUCCGACGACAGCAGCAGCGACGAUGAGUUUGAGGAUAGCCGCCUGUCCCUCUCCGAGGCCGCAUUCGCCAACAGCUUCCGUGCGAGCAUUGCGAUUGCGGAGAAUCAUUAUGCCCAGAAAUCUGCGUCUAUCAUGGAAGAUUACAGCAUGUGGAUGGCGGAUCCCGGCGAUAUCAAGGAGCGGCGGAAACGCCUUCACCAAGGCAUGGGGUUGGUGAGCAACAGGGAUCUUCUCAGCAAGGUCACGAGCUCCAAGUUCGCAAGGGCUAUUUCAAGAAAGCCCCCUGAAAUGGGGAAGAAAGAUAAGUUGUUGUCGAAAAAAGAAGAAUCCUUCAAGGAGGAGAACGAAGACGAUGCGGCGGCGGCUUUCCCAUUUAUGCUGGUCCGGUCAAGAUCAGAAGGCGAUAUACAUUCUUUCUCUGCAAACACCAAGAAGAGAAAAGAAGAAAUGCUUGGCCCAGGGGUAUCAAAACACCGUCUAAUAAGAACAGUAUCCGAGCUAACACCUUACAGAACAGGAAAUAAACAAUUCACCGGCCCAGUGAUCGUUAAACGAAAGAAACGCAAAAAGAGAAGAACCAAGACCGCUAGUAUGACAGAUGAGUGUAUAGGGUCCUUUUUCUUGAUAAAGAAUCUGGACACAGGGAAAGAGUUCAUUGUAAAAGAGUGCAACGAAAAGGGGAUGUGGAACAAGCUGAGUGAUCUCCAGACCGGGAAGCAGUUAACCAUGGAGGAAUUCGAGAAGCAUGUGGGGUAUUCCCGGAUGGUUAAGGAGCUAAUGCACAGAGCCCAUGGGAGACCAGACAGUAAGAUGAACUCUUAUAUCAGCAAGAGUGUGAGAUACAGCAAGAAAACCAGUGUGGCUCUGAUGAAGAACAUAAAGGAUGUGGCGAAUGACGUGGCGCAUUCGAUGAGUUUGAAGAUCACAGAUCCCACUGUGCCUCCUGAUCAGAAACCCAAGCCGACGAAGAACCCGCAGUCCUCGUCGGAGUGGAUUAAAGUGCAGCAGCAGGGGAAAACCCUCAAGGAGUUUACAGGGCUGCAGAUGUGCCAGGAAAUCCAGGCUCAUGAGGGCUCCAUUUGGACCAUUAAGUUCAGUGGGGAUGCUCGUUACCUAGCAAGUGCUGGGGAGGAUAAAGUGAUUCACAUAUGGGAAGUUCAAGAUGUUGAGGUUAUUAAAGACGAACAAGGCAAGGCCAAGGCCCCCACUACUAAAAAGAAGGACACUUCUGUUCCAGAAUAUGUGAGCAUGCCGGAUUCUGUGUUUGCUUUCUCAGAGAGGCCAUUAUGCACUCUCACAGGCCACCAGGAUGAAGUCUUGGACCUGUCUUGGUCAAAAUCUGAGUUCCUACUUUCUUCUUCCAUGGACAAAACCGUUAGGCUUUGGAACAUAGAAGGCCAGAACUGUGUGAAAAUGUUUGCACACAAUGACUAUGUUACUUGCGUACAGUUCAAUCCCAAAGAUGAAGACCACUUCAUCAGCGGAUCACUAGAUGCAAAGGUUCGGAUUUGGAACGUGCCAGAUCGAAAAGUUGUAGACUGGAUUGAUCAGAAAGAUAUGGUCAGUGCCCUUUGCUAUGCUCCUGAUGGAGAGGCUGUCAUAAUUGGUUUACAAAAAGGCAUCUGUCGGGUGUAUAAAACCACUGAUUGCAAACUUGAAGAAGAAGAUCAGUUUGAUGUUGAACCAAAGAAGAAACCCCCGAAUAAAAAGAUCACUGGUUUUCAGUUUUAUGGAACAGAUCCAGCGGAACUGCUAAUAACCUCUGCCGAUUCUUACAUCCGUAUCCACGAUGGAACCAAUUUCACCCAAAAAUAUAAAGGUUUCAAAAUCACAACCAGCCAAUUUUCAGCUACUUACGGGCAAGAUGGAAAGUACGUGGUGUGUGCAAGUGAAGAUUCUCAGGUGUACGUGUGGAAGAGAGAAGAAGUGAAGAACGUAGGAGGGAAACCAAGAUACGUUAGCGUCCAAUCCCACGAAAACUUCCCAUGCAAAGACGUUUCGGUGGCGAUUUCAUGGCCCGGCAACGACACAAAGAAUAAUGAACAGCCAUCAUCAUCGCCUUCCAAGAAGCAACAAGAAGAAGAAUCAGCGCAACCCACAGAUACAGCAGAUCCACCCGGCGAAUCGCCUUCCCCGUCUCAGUCUCAUAAUCGGUCUACUUCCUGGAGUCCGCCGUCGUCUGAGGCUGCCGCGGCAACGGCAUGGGGGAUGGUGAUUGUGACGGCAAGUUCAGGGGGGGAGAUAAGGGUGUAUCAAAAUUUUGGGUUGCCUGUCAAAGUCAAGGGGCAGGCCAAUCUAUUCAUUGCAUAGUUUCUAUAUAAUGCAUUUCUGCAAUAGAUUUUGCUUUUUUGUUCUCGAAGGUUUAGAAAAACUAUGCUUUUGUAUGUAGGUAUGUAGAAUUUGUGUGUAUAUCAAUUUUGAGAAUAUAAUGUAACUCCUUAGGACAUGCUAAGUUGUCCAAUACACAGUAUAUAUGUAAUUGGACGACACUGAAUAGUGAA